GGAAGGAAGGAAGGAGGCGGUUCAGCCAUGUCGCGCUCCUUCUAUGUGGAUUCGCUCAUCAUCAAGGACUCGGGGCGGCCGGCGCCUUCCUCUUCCUCGCCCUCCUCGGCCUUGUCGGACCACCACUCCCAUCAUCCCCACCAUCAUCAUCCCCAUCCCCACCCCCAUCAUCCCCACCACCAUCCUCUCCCCGGGCCCCAGGACUUCCUGAUCCCUCUAGGGAUGCCGGCGCCGCUGGUCAUGUCCAUGGCCACUGGGGCCGGAGGAGGCGGCGGCGGGGGCCCCGGGGGCCCGGCUUGCCUGGCAUCACGCAAGAGUGGCACCUUCUGCGUCUGCCCGCUCUGUGUCACCUCUCACCUGCACGCUGCGGCCGCCGCCGCAGCUUCCUCUUCCUCUUCCUCCUCCUCGGUCCGGCCUGGAGGAGGAGGCAGCGCCAUCCCACUCCUCAAGGGCCAGCAACCCCACUUCUCCCCCAGCCCUGCGCCCGGAGGAGGAGGAGGAGGAGGAGAUGGGUCCUUUUGCCCCCGGAUGAGCCAGGCGCCCCAGCAGCCUUCCUCGCAGCAGCAGCAGCCCCAGCCCCAGCCGCCCAGCUCAGGGGUCUCCGCAGCCACCGCCGCCGUCCUGGGCCACCCACCUGUCUGCACCGCCGCCGCCUACAGCCUGAGCGACCCCCGGCGAUUCCACUGCCUCGGCAUCGGCGGUGCGGAGGGUCCGGUGCAGCUGCAGAACGGGAAGCGGAUGCGGACGGCCUUCACCAGCACUCAGCUGCUGGAGCUGGAGCGGGAGUUCUCCUCCAACAUGUACCUCUCCCGGCUCCGGAGGAUCGAGAUCGCCACGUACCUCAACCUCUCGGAGAAGCAGGUGAAGAUCUGGUUCCAGAACCGGAGGGUGAAGCACAAGAAGGAAGGCAAAGGCACCCAGAGGAACAGCCACGGAGGGUGCAGCUGCACCGGAGCCAACGCGGGACGCUACUCCCGCUCCGAGGACGAGGACUCCCUCUCGCCGGCUUCGGGCAACGAAGACAAAGAGGGGUCCCCCUUGUGAAAAGGAGGGGGUCUCCUUGGACCUAGAGGGCUGGAUCGCCUUUGCUGGACUGCAGACAAGCAUCUUGCCAAACUCCCUGGUGCUAGGCACGGUUUGGACGCGAAUUGGCGGCAUCCACACCACGGAAAUAACCCGGGAUGAUUAAAUACCAUGGCUCAUUGCUAUGGAAUUCUGGGAAUUGUAGUGUGUUGUUGCACCAGAGCUCAGCGC